AUUGACCACAAAACAGGUUGCUGUUUUACUGUCAAUUAUCAAUAACUAGGAUAUGAUUAAUAACAAAUAGGACUGAACAAUUUCUGGAGUUGAGGGCAAAACCGGGCUGUUUCAUGUAAACGUCUGUUGCCAGUUUUGGUUUUCAUGAUAACCACGUGGCACUGGCCAUUUUUCUAUCUGUUACACAUUAUUCCUUGUUGAGUGUAAUUUCACAUAAAUACAGUAUGUAUUGUCAAACAAAGUACUGUACUUUGACACAGCUCUGUUUUGUGACACAGGCCUGUUUUCUCUGACAGACCUCCGGCUUUCAGUGUACAGUAUGUAUGCAUGUAUGUAUCAAAAAAAUAAACAACGCAGGAGGGUGAAAGUAUAACUGAACAAGGAUGAUGGCAUACUGAAAUUGGAACAUACCAGGAAAACAAAAACCCAGAUAGAAAUACAGUCCAAGCAACUAUUAUGACACUGAAACAACUCAAAAUUUUUCAUGCCCAUUGUUCAUCAAAAUGUACAUAUCUAAAAGAAUUGUAUCUAAAAGAUCUUAAACUUUGGGUUGUGGAAAGCAGCUAAUUGGGUCAAAAGGGAGAAGAAUUCACUAAAACUCACUGAACAGGCUUCAAAUAUGUAUAACCCACACAUCAGGAAGCGUGUGAACAAAAUCAUAAAUAACAAUGGACAAUAGACAGUUUUUCAUCAAGUUGGAAACGGCAGAAGGACACCUACUCAUUCUUUAUGUAAAAGGUUCACCAGGGACUAUAAAUUACAGCCUCACAGAAGUGGAAAACUGCACACAGCACUACAGCCUUUGAAAGGAAAGUGGACAUUGCUAUAUUGUUUUAUUUUUCUCAUCGUCUCCUGUUCGUUCGAAGCAGUUUCACCUCUCAGAAUGUUCGUCAUCUUCGUUCUGUGUCUUCUAUUUGCUUCAACUUGGGCUCAGUACCAACCACAGUACUAUUCCUAUUCAGCAGCUGUUGGUGGGGGCAGUGGCAGCUCCUAUGCCUCCUCAGGAGAGGGUCGCAUAACUGCCAUCAGAGUGUGGGAGAACAAAGGCAGCUUCAUCACUGGAUUUCAGAUGAGAUAUGACUUUGCCUGGAGCCCCCUGUAUGGUCGCAACGGCAGCAAUGUAGUAGAGAUGUCGCUCUUCGAAGACGAGGCUUUUGUCCAAAUUUCAGGGAAAUACAAUCCCAGUAACUACAUUUACCAACUGGUGUUUGUCACCAGCAGAGGGCGUUCUCUCACCGUAGGGCAGCCUGUUAGUACCGCCUUCAACUUCUACGCCAAAUACCCACAGAGUGAGCUGCGCAUCCUUAGUGGGCGAUUCAAUGGAAUUGGCAUCACAUCCAUCGGAGCCCACUGGGGAAUGGUAUACCUCAUGCCACAUCCAGCUAUGAUGGGAAACAAUACCAUGUUAGGCCUUGACUAAGUAAAACACUAUUCCAAAUAAUGAUAUAAUCAUUUUUGGACUUUUGUGUAAAUUGUUUUUAGUUAGGUCUGUUCAAGUUUCAAAUGCUUUCCUCAGACUGUAAUGAAAAUAUAUGAGUAGAGAAAUGUAGAAUAUGUAAUGAAUUAAUAAAACAAGGAAAUUAUGCAGGAA